AUGACCAAGCUGGGGCAGUGGCUGUGUGGACUCGCCCUGCUGGGCUCGGCCUGGGCCGCGCUGGCUCUGGCGCCGCCGGGGCUGCGGCUGCCGGCCCCGUACCGGCAGGCCCUGCUGCCCCUGCCCGUCUACCUGCUGGUGGCCUUCGGCUGCUACUCCCUGGCCACCGUGGGCUACCGCCUGGCCACCUUUAACGACUGCGAGGAGGCGGCCGCCGAGCUGCAGGAGCACAUCAGCGCGGCGCGGACGGACCUGCGCCGACGAGGGCUGCGCUUCUGACCCCAAUAAAGCUGAGGGACGGCG